CUCUUCUGCUCUGACCUAACCCUAGGGCGGCUAUGGCGGUCUUUACAUUCGUGUGCAAGCACACUGGCGGCUCUUGGAACGCCAAGCAACGGGGAGGCGAUCUAGAAGGCAGCGCUGCGAAUCCGCUGGAGCUCCAGAAGCAGAUGCGCGAUCUGGCGCUGCAAUCCGCGGGCGCCGGUGCCGUCUCUGUGGAUUUCGCGCUCAUCACACCCUCGGCUGGGGUUCUCCAGGUGAUUGUUGGAGGCGGCGCUGGCGGAGCAGCGUUCGCUAGCGGUGGUGGAGCUCCAGCGGCUGGUGGCGCCGCCGCCGCCGCCCCAGCCCCAGCGGAGGAAGAAAAGAAGGAAGAGAAGGAAGCCAGCGAAGACGAAGACAUGGGAUUCUCCCUCUUCGACUAGGUGCGCUUCCCAUUGCGCUUCUUCCCUUGUUUCCUUGCUCAAGCUAGAGAAACUUACGAGUUUUGGAUCA